AUGAUUUUAGGGCCUCAAAUGAUCGAGGAUACAGUUAAAAAGGUAAAGGAGAUUCAAGCUAAGAUUCAAGCGGCGCAAGAUCGCCAAAAGAGCUACGCGGAUUUGAAGCGUAGAGAGGAGGAAUUUGAGGUUGGUAAUAAAGUAUUGUUAAAGGUGUCACCAAUGAAAGGUGUAAUGAGAUUGAAAAAAAAAGGGAAGCUUAGCCCAAAGUAUAUUGGUCCAUAUGAAUUAAGAAGAUAUAUCCCCGAUAAUUCGCAUGUGCUACAACUUGAAACUAUUGAGUUAGAUCAAAGCUUAACUUAUGAGGAAAAACCUGUCAAGAUCCUUGACAAUAAAGUGCGUAGUACGCGCAAUAUGGAAGUUAAGAUUGUUAAAGUGCUAUGGUCUAACCAAGAGUAUGAGGAAGCAACUUGGGAAGCCGAGGAUGAGAUGAAAAAGAAAUAUCCUGAGUUGUUUAAGGUAUGGUGA